AAACCUCUCAGAUAAAAUUCAUUUGGUAAGGUUGUAGUAUAUGUAAACUAAUUAGGUACUGAAGUAACUUUAUGCAGUAUACUGUAUGAUUCCUAUAGUUUUAUUCGAGUGCUUCCAACGGCUUGAACUUCCAUGAUCUGCAUGUUUUACUAGUAAGCGCGCGGUUUGAACCGAUAGAACUAACAAAUACAUAACUGAUCUAUGCUCGUUUUACGACUGAUGGGUCAGCAUGCUCUUAUAAAAGUUCGCUAUAUCUCAUAAGCUCGAAUAGAAGUUUGGACUUUCUGCACCAGCAAAAAAAUCUUUUGAAAAGUAAAAGAAACGAAAUAUAGGGCGAGCCAAAGUGUCUUUAUUUAACUUGAUUUGCCGGCCAUUUCCUCAAAAAAAAACUAUAAAGAUGUAUACUGUAGGAGAAUAAUCAAUCUGUAAACCAUGCAGUAAAGCUGUCUAAAAGUCUAAAUUGGAUAAUAAGAAUUUUUCCGCAGAACUCAAAUGACUCGGACAAAUCUGAGGACUCACAAAAUUGGAUUGUCUCGAAAACAAAUUACCAAGACACUUUGAAUAGUGAGCUGCAUGGCUUUUUUAUUAAAGAAAUAUAACUUCUCCAACAUGAGUGCAUGAAGGACGGCAAGGAUGAUGAAGCAAUUUUGAUGUCACGGCGUAGGUUUCACACUUAUUAAAAAUCGUGCGCCUUGGCAUUUCCUCUAUCACUGCGCAGGACUAUAUAUGUUUAAACUGAGGGCAUGAAGUGGGGGGAGGGAGUUCAAUCCAUUUUCUCAGGCAAAAUGUGUCUGAAUACAAGUCAGCCGACCCAAUUAUUUGCCAAAUUCCAUUCUCAACAGCAAACUUGCUGGUAUACAAAAUGGUACAAACACCAUUCUUAUAGUGAUCCAAAUUCUAUUUUUCCGGUGAGAAUAUAGGCUACACCCAUUUUAUUGACCCCUUCAUGCACAAGCUUCAUUACCAAUUCAUAUAGGACGUAGAGCUGCCUGAAUUAUUAUUGUACGUAAUGAAUGUUUUCUUCGCUCAAAUCCCUUUAAUGGUGAAAAAAAUAUGUUUGAUCUAUAUAUUUAUGUGUGUUUACUAAACAUGCAUGAUCAUUUUUUAUGAAAAAUGUUGAGUAAAUGACCGACUUACUUUGCCCAGACAAUUUAUCGUUACAACAUUGUGACGUACAUUAUUUUCCUAUAACUACGUUUAUCCUAAUCAACCCUGUCCCACGAUUUUCGGCGGCAGACCGUUGACAGACUCUUUUCACAUGAGUCCGUCGCAAAAUAUAGGCAAGUAAUACUAUAACUAUAACAGUAUAAUCUAAAGGGUAUAAUAUUAUAAUUACUUAACACUGUUUGUUGUUGUGGGCAUUAUGUUGAAAAUAAAUUUAUCGGUUAGUUAAUUAUCUGACUGUUCUAACCCCAGUAGGUGUCCCUCGUGUCCUUCCGUUUCAGCAACCUCUUUAUAAAACUGGAGAUAGUAUUCAAAUAUAGAUGAUAACAAUGUUUUGAAUUUUACUGAAUUUUACGAAGAUAUGCAUGAACCUGCACGCGUAGUUUCUAGCUUAAAAAUCAUAACGAUAUCUUCAUGGUUGAAUCUGGACCUGCCUAUAUAUAAAGAUUAAGUUUUCUUAUCUCGAAGUACAUAGCAAUAGACAAUCUUCCGUUUCAGCAAAAUUCUUUCACUUUGAUUGUCUUCAUUAUUAUGCAAAAAAAUAUCGAACUAUAACAAAAAAACAUUUCCUUGUCAGUUGUGCAUCAUUUUGAAGCCACUUUCAGCCAGAGCAGCUUGAAGAAACUAAUUUGAAGAAACAUCUCAGAGAUUCAUUUGGUAAAGUUGUAGUAGCUAGGCUAUAUGUAAACUAACGUACUGAAGUAACCGAUGCAGUAUACUGUAUGAUUCCUAUAGUUUUAUUUGAGUGCUUCCAACGGCUUGAGCUUCCAUGAUCUGUUUUACAUAUAAGCGCGCGGUUUGAACCGAUAUAAACUAAUAACAUAAGUGAUCUAUACUCGAUUAGUUCGAUUUACGACUGAUGGGUCACCAUGCUCUUAUAAUUAAAAGUUCGCUAUAUCUUAAGCUCGAAUAGAAGUUUGACUUUCUGCAGCAGCAAGAAAAGAAAAGAAACGAAAUAUGGGGCGAGCCAAAGUGUCUUUAUUUAAAUUUGCCAUAUUUCCUCAGGAAAAACCUAUAAAGAUGUACUGUAGGAGAAUACUCAAUCUGUACUGGCCAUGCAGUAAAGCCGUCUAGAAGUCUAAAUUGCAUGAUAAUAAGAAUUUUUCCGCAGAACUCAAAUGACUCUGCCGGACUAAUCUGAGGACUCACAAUAUUGGAUUGUCUCGAAAACAAAUUACCAAGACAUGCAUGCACUUUGAAUAGUGAGCUGCAAGCCUUUUUUAUUAAGGAAAUAUAACUUCUCCAACAUCAGAAGACCGGCAACUAGGCUGAUGAAGCAAUUUUUAUAUCACGGUGCAUGUAGGUUUCAAACUUACUAAAAAUCGUGCACCAUGCAUGCAUGGCUUGUACUCUAUCACUGCGCAAGACUAUGUUUAAAGUUUAAACUGAGGGACAUGAAGUGGGGGGGCGGGUGUUCAAUCGCAUUUUCUCAGCCAAAAUUUUGUCUGAAUUCCAGUCACCCAACCCAAUUAUUUGCUAUAUUCCAUUCUCAACAGCAAACUUGUCGGUACAAAUGGUACAAAUCCCAUUCUUAUAGUGAUCCAAAUUCUAUUUUUUCGGUGAGAAUAUAUAGGCUACACCCAUUUUAUUGACCCCUUCAUGCACGAGCUUCAUUAUAUACUAAUACAUAUACGACGUAUAUACAGGAGCUGCAUCCCUUCUUAAUUAUUAUUGUAAUGGAUAUUUUCUUCGCUCAAAUCACUUUAAUGGUGAAAAAAUAUGUAUGAUCUAUAUUAUAUGUGUUUAUACUAAACAUGAUCAUUUUUAUGAAAAAUGUUGAGUAUGCACUUCGGCUCCGCGCAUCCUAUUGUGCUUUUAAAUGACCGAUUACAUCAAGUAUUACAAUUACUUAGCCUAUAUUACCUAUUUUGCCUAGACAAUUUAUUCUUACAACAUUGUGACGUACAUUACUUUCCUAUAUAACUAUGUUCAUCCUAUAAUCAACCCUGUCCCACGACUUUCGGCGAGAGAGUUGAUCUUUUCACAUGAGAUCGUAUAGCGAAAUAUGGGCAAGUAUAAUAAUAACUAUGUAUUAAACAGUAUAAUUUAUGGUAUAAUAAAUAAUAACUGCACACUGUUUCUUGUUGUGCAUGGACAUUAUGUUGAAAAUAAAUUUAUCGGUUAAUUAAUUCUCUGACUGUUCUAACCCCAGUAGGUGUCCCUCGUGUCCGUCCGUUUCAGGAACCUGUUUAUAAAGCUGCAGAUAGUAUUCAAAUAGAUGAUAACAAUGUUUUGAGUUUUACUGAAUUUACGAUGAUAUACAUAAACCUGUAUGCGUAGUUGCUAGCUUAAAACCAAUAAAGAUAUCUCCAGGGUUGAAUCUGAAUCUGGUUGAAUCUGAAUCUUAUCUCGUAGUACAUAGCAAUAGACAAUCUUCCGUUUCAGCAAAAUUCUUUCACUUUGAUUGUCUUCAUUAUUAUGCAAAAAAAUAUCGAACUAUGACAAAAAACAUUUCCUUGUCAGUUGUGCAUCAUUUUGCAAGCCACUUUCCGCGAGAGCAACUUGAAGAAACUAAUUUGAAGAAACAUCUCAGAGAUUCAUUUCGUAAAGUUGUAGUAUAUGUAAACUAAUGUACCAUGAAGUAACCGAUGCAGUAUACUGCAUGUAUGAUUCCUAUAGUUUUAUUUGAGUGCUUCCAACGGCUUGAGCUUCCAUGAUCUGUUUUAUAUAUAAGCGCGGUUUGAACUAGCCUUCGUAUAGCAGUCGCUUUAUUUUAUUGUAGGUUUUGAGGAUUUUUGAAUAAAUGGCGGGUUAGAAAAAAUGGGCGAAGAGAAACCUUUUUUUCUUCGUCAAUUUUUCUAACUCUCCAUUUAUUCAAAAAUCUUCAAAACCUAUAAAUAAAAUAAAGCGACUGCUACGCAAGCUAGGUUUGAACCGAUAGAAACUAAUAACAUUAUUGAUAAUAUACACUGGUGGGUCAGCAUGCAGCUUAUAAAAAUUCGCUAUAUAUAUCUUAAGCUCGAAUAGAAGUAUGGACUUUCUGCAACAGCAAAAAAUCCUUUGAAAAGGAAAAGAAAGGAAAUAUGGGGCGAGCCAAGAUGUCUUUAUUUCUAUUUGUGAUUUCCUCAGAAAAGAACCUACUGUAUAGGAGUUAAGGCAGCGUUUACGUACACUAUGACGCUACGGCUAAACACUCCGUUAAAAAUUUACUAAAUUUACUAUACGUUUCUAGUAUUGAGCUAUGUUGUGUUUGCACUAUAACGGAGUGGGUUGCCGUAGCGUAUUAACUGCGGAAAUCAAUUUCGUUAAAAAUUCACUACGUUUCUUAUAUUAGUAUUGUGUUUACACUAUAACGGAGUGGGUUGCCGUAGCGUAUUAACUACACACCACUAGGCACUACGUUUGGCAUUCCAGAUGCAAAUCACUACGCUACGGUAAAUUUGCCGUAGCGUCGUAGUGUAAACGCGGCCUUAUAAUCUAUGAACCAGUAAAGCCGUCUUAAAAUCUAAAUUGGAUAUAUAAUUUUUCCGAAUUCAAAUGACUCUGACAAAUCUGAGCACUCACCAUAUUGGAUUGUCUCGAAAACAAAUUACCAAGACACAUUGAAUAGUGGGCUGCAUGGCUUUUUUAUUAAAGAAAUAUAACUUCUACGUCAUGAGUGAAGGAUGGCAAGGAUGAUGAAGCAAUUUUUAUCGGUCAUAGGUGUAUAGGUUUCAAACUUAUUAAAAAUCGUGUACCCGGGCUUGCACUCUGUCACUGUGCAGGACUAUAUGUUUUUACCGAGGGACAUGAAAUGCAUGGGGGCGGGUGUUCAAUCCCAUUUUUUCAGCUAAAAAAUCGUCUGAAUGCCAGUCACCCGACAUAAUUAUUUGCCAAAUUCCAUUCUCAACAGCAACAUUGCAGCUGGCUUACAAAUGGUAAAAAUCCCAUUCUUAGUGAUCCAAAUUCUAAUUUCCCGGUGAGAAUAUAUAUAGGCUGCAAUGCGUAUACAGCCAUUUUAUUGACCCCUUCAUGCACGAGUCUCAUUACUGCCAUAUGCGACGGAGCUGUCUUCUAUUAUUGUAGCCAUGUGUAUAUUGAAUGUUUUCUUCACUCUAAUGCCUUUUGUGCUGAAAACAUAUGUUUUAUCUAUGUUAUGAUUUAUGUAUUUAUUAAGCAUGACCAUGCAUGCAUUUGUCCAUUUCGAUGAAAAAUGUUGAGCAUGCACUUCUGCUUCGCGCACCCUGGUGCUUUUCAAUGGCGGAUUCCAUCAACUUCAUCAACAACAUCAAGUAUUACGAUUAGUUAUAUUAACAACAUUGUGACAUUACUUUCUUAUAACUACUUAUCCUAAUCACCCUGUCACCUCUCCGCCCAGAUCGAGAUAACCCAUGCACGACUUUCGGCGGCAGAGCGUUGACUCUUUUCGCAUGAGUCCAUAGCGAAAUGAGGCAAGUAAUAAUAACUAUAAUAGCAUAAUCUAGGGUAUUAUAAUAACUGUCACAUGCACUGUUUGUUAAAUCUCUAACUGUUCUAUAAUGCAGUAAGUGUUCUUUCGUUCAGUCAGCAAACUCUUUACAAAGCUGGAGAUAGUAUAUUCAAAUUGACCACGAUUAUAUAAGCGGUUGUUGCGGUUAUACCACUUCGCAAAAAUGCUUUAGAUUUUGCUGCGUUGAGUUUGAAUUACUGAAUACUGCAUGAGUAUAUUAAAUGCUUGAGUAUAUUUAACUAGUAGCCUAUAUGCUAUAGUCGUAUAACGACAAUGUCAUGCUUAUGUGCCGUCAAAUAAAUUAACUAAGCAUGAAUUUACAUGUAGUUUAUUGGCACAAUAAAAGGAAAUUAACCGAAUAUACAAUAUAGAAAACUGGCAAGGAGGCGUUCGCGAUCAACCACUUCGAGCUUCCCAACCAUGCUUCCCUAUACCAUUUGCCGUCGUUUCACUUUUACAUGUCGCUGCUUGUUCCGCUUCAUGCUCUGUCCACCUGGGUUCCACACCCAGGACCAGUUCGAGGUAUUUUCCCGAUGCGAAUAAAUCUCUUGUUUCUCUUGGGACCAUUCCCUUUCUGCUUCGCUUAUUUAUAGUGAAGGUUAUAUCCCCAUUUUCAUACGGGUGAUAAGUCUCGAUUGGGGAUGGAGGAGGUACCAUUGGUUGGCUAUAAGAAUUUCAGCAAUUAAUAAAUGGUGCUUGAUUAGUUAUCAAUCUUUCGUUGGUAGGGAUGCGACUACAUAUAUAUAUAUAUAUAUAUAUAUAUAUAUAUAUAUAUAUAUAUAUAUAUAUAUAUAUAUAUAUAUAUAUAUAUAUAUAUAUAUAUAUAUAGAUGUUGUCUGCCGCGGCUGGGUCUCGAACCCGCGACCUUCGAAUUACUAGAUCGACGCUCUACCUACUGAACUACACGGUCAGACGGAUUUAAGGGAAUGGAAAUUAUAUAAUACACACUAUUACACUACACUCACUACACACACUAUACACACAUGCACUAUUACACAUUAUUUUCACUAUUACACAUUAUUAUUUGGAAAAUAUAUAAUACACACUCUAGAACAUUUUCAUCUUAACAUAUUACAGAGUGUACAAUUACACAACUAACAUAACACUUGCAGAACUACUAUUGUUCGAUGCUGCAUUAAUAUAAACGAGUAGAUUAAUGACAUUCAGUAUAUAUUUCAUAAUUUCCAGUCUUAAAUCCGUCUGACCGUGUAGCUCAGUACGUAGGUAGAGCGUCGAUCUAGUAAUUCGAAGGUCGCGGGUUCGAGACCCAGCCGCGGCAGACAACAUCUUUCUGUUUGCGCUGGGUAUGGAAAUUAUAUAAUACACACUCUAGAACAUUUUCAUAUAUAUAUAUAUAUAUAUAUAUAUAUAUAUAUAUAUAUAUAUAUAUAUAUAUAUAUAUAUAUAUAUAUAUUUAUAUAUGCGAGUUUCAUGGACUCUCCAGUCCCCCAAAAUCAAUAACUUAUCGAAAUUAACAAGUUCAUAAUAGUUAUACCUUUCAAAUGAAAAUUGGUAUUCUUUUUAGUCUUAAUCAUAACACACAUACAUUUUCCAGAUUUUUCUUACCCAAUUAAUUUGCAUAUUUGGACAAGUCGGAAUAACUAUAACACAAACAAAAUUUUGGCUAAAGAUAUAUUCAUCAUUUUAAAUGUCGAUAUAUAUAUUCAUCCUUUUAAAUGUCGUUUAAUGAUAAUAAUUCAUGAGGAAAACAUGCACAAAGAUAAAUCAUAAGCGUGUCGUAUCUUUAUAUCAUGUGUAUGAAUGCAUGAUAGAGAUUUCCCUUGAUUUGCAUAAACUUUAACUUUGAUUUUCUUGACUUACACAACGAAACAUGACUGAAAAUUUCUUCGCCAAUGAACUUACUCAUUGAUCGUUUUUGAAGCAAUUUAAAACAUCAGUGCGUGUUUUAUCGGACCUAAACAUACUCGGCUUCGCCUCGUAUCUUUAUAUCUGAUAAAACACUGCUCCUCAUGCAUGUUUUAUAAAUAGUACAUUCAAUAAUCAGAUAGAAAAUACUUGUCGGGAAUAGUCAUUUUGAAAAGUGCCUUAGGAAAGUCUCAGAUAUCGAUUUUGUCCAUGAGAAACGUCAUAUUUGGACGUUUCUCUUUAGACGCCCCUCCCCCUCACCUUAUAGAAACUUCACACAUGGUUAUCGAUAUUCUGUUCUUAUAGUACACAUAAGGUAAUUUUCUAAUAUUUUCUCAGUACGGUCGGCUAUUGGCGAUGCUUCCGCGAGGAGUAUGUCAUCUUCUGGUAACAUAUGUUUUUUAUUAAUAUAAAUUAUACAAAAUUGCCAAAUUGCCGAUGUGCCGUUUAAUUAAAUUUCAAAUGACGCGAGCCAACAGAUCACGACACUCUUGUAUAUAAAAGGAGCGUGUGAAUUAAACAAGUCACAUUAUUAGCACUGAUGAAGAUCCGGGCUUACGGAUCGAAAGCUUUGCAGUAAUAAAUUUACGUGGUGUUUCCACAAACAAAGACAAUUAAAAUUGCCAAAGUUUCUCAAAACAACUUAGCGCGUUUUAAUUAUUAUGUUAAAUUUGAGUGUUUUCAAUGCAUGGAAGGCGUAAUAAUAUAAAUGUAUAGAACAAGGUAUGGUAUUACGGAUAUAGACUGGUGUUUGUAUCAAGUUAUUUUCUUUUUUAUAUUCUGCAAAGAUGAUUUACAGAGAAACGUCCCCCCCCCCCCCCCAAACGAACAUAUAUGACGACUUAUAUAAACACAACAAAUAAUUAAAUAAUUGUAUUAAUCGUUUUUCAUUUCAUAAACAUGUUAUACAUGUAUUAUUUUUGUGCUUUAUUUUCUCCAGCAAAUCCACCGUAGCAGAAAAAGGUUCACCGACUAUGUCUUUUAUCAGUUUUGUGUUGUUUGGCUUCGUGUUGGUUCUCACAGAGCAUUUUGUUGCCUGCAACGUUCUUCGUGAAACAGUGUCGGAUGAAGUAGAGAAGAGAACUGUUGGUGUCCCG